AUGAGAGAAACUGCGACAACUUGGCACAUUCUGGACAUCAAAGUGAUCGACGAAGAAUACAGUGAUUUAUUGUCUCAUACUAACCAAAUUGUCACCGCUUUCUUGACAAGUGCCAGUGUUUACAUCAGAGAUAUUGUUUCAUGCUUCAGUGUGUUUGGAGAGCGAGGUUUCAAUUGGAAUUCACGAUGGGCAAGAGUUACAAAGAGAGUGACGAUGUACAUGACAACCGCUUGA